GGGAAGUCCAUAGAGAGUAUGGAGACGCGUUUCUCACAUCUUCUUCAGCCUAUCCGUGAUUUAGCUCAAAAUUGGGACAUUGAUAUAGCUUCUCAGUUAGAGGACUAUCUUUCUGAACUUGACCAGCUCGUUGUGUCGUUUGAUGGUGGUGCUACAACAAUGAAUUUUGCAGAGGCUGCUUUGCUGAUUCAGGGAUCUGCUUGUAUUUAUAGUCGUAAGGUUGAGUAUUUCUACGCUCUUGUUUACGAAUCUUUGGAGCUCCUUGCAAGCAAAAGGAAACAAGCUCAUGGUCCAUCCGUAGAUAAAAUGGGUCGAGACAAAGAUGUCACUGGAUUUGAUAAACAAGUGGAAGAGUUUCUUCCUCUUGACGACAUCAAAGAGUCAAACAAGGUCGAUCUGAAUGAAAAAGGACAGAAAAAGGAAAUUGACCUUAUUCUGAGAACACCGAUGUCACUAAUUCCCUAUAGAGAUGAUGAGAAGGAGGACUGUGCUCUCAUCAGUCCCACAGGUGAAGUAAUAGGCAACAGGAAAGAUUUUAAAAUGAACACGAGUAUUUUCCAUGAGUCAGGAGCAGCAUUGCUUGACCUUGGUCACAUAGAAAAUGUUGACCGAAUAUACAUGGAGAGCAGGAGGAUGUCCAAGACUGGACUGACCUGUGCACAAACAGGGCUCUUGUUUGAGAAUGUUGACAUGGCAGAACCUCAUCAUGAGAUGGAUAAACAGGAUGUUGUUGCAUCAGCUGCUGAUGAUAUGGAUGGUGGGUUUAAUGAGUUCGGUGAUCACAGUGUGGAUUAUGGAAUUCCUGAGGUGGAGGAAGUUGAGCAGAAGGUUGAUCGAAUGACUCGACAGAGAGCUGAAAGAAAGACUAUAUCAUCUCUUCAUUAUGUCGCAGAUAAGGUGGAUCCUUGGCAGCUAUUAGACCCACAUGAUCCAUCAGGCGAUCCUCAGAAACCAUUUAAGAAAGGCAAACCCUAUCGCAUUCCUCCACACCUUGUAGAUGCGCCAAUGACUGCAAAAGGAAAGAAAAGGAAGCGGAAAGAUCCAGUCAGCAAACAACCACCUCUCGACUCUCUUUGGGAAUUUUGUCGAAAGACAUUCUAUUCCUCUGAAUCACGUCUACCAAAGAAUUUCUUGAAAGCUCCAGCAUUUAUUGAGUUUCAAGAUUUAUUUUGGUUUGAACAGAAGAGACGAGAUCAAAGGCAGAGAAAGGAGAAACGAAUGCUGACUCGACUUUUGGGUGACUGGCAGCAGUUUUUUCCAUCUGAACAUAUGACAGAACAGGAAGAUGCUAAAGAACAGGAGAAUGAAGAUUGUGAUGAAUGUGGUUGGGACGGUGGAGAUGAUGCUGGUAGUUUUGCGGGCUAUGAAGCUGGAGGAGAGCCAAUUGAACCAUUGCAUGUCUCAAAAUCUGCUAUUGUGCAGGAUUAUGAAGAUCUAGUAAAGAAGCAUGUGCAACUUCAAUUAUUGGUAGCACAGCAGUAUGCUCAAGAAACUGAGUUGUCAAAGCGUGUUAGAAAUUGGGAGGAAAUGAUUGCACCAAUACUUGCUAGAGAGGAAAAUUAUAAUGUGUUUGACAUUCACAGCUAUGGGGAACUAAUAUUAUGUCAAUUGGAGCAACUCGGAGUACAAGAAACAGGCUCUCCCGAUUCUCCUGUUCCAUUUUGCAAGCUGACAAGAGAGAGGAAACCAUAUGAAGUGUGUCGUCUGUUAUUGGCAAGUUUGCAACUGGCAAACAGUGAGAAUAUUGAAAUAAUGGAUCCGGGGGAGGCCACUGCAUCUUCCACAAUGGACAGUAUUUCAGUUCGACUUCGGUCUAAGGAAAUGACUCACAAGCGAUUUGACACCUACAGAGUGCCGUCAUUUGAGAAAACCUUUAGCAUAUGACUAAUUGUUAUUGCUGUAAGUAGACUUAUAUUUAUAAGUAUUACGUAUUGACUAAUACAUGUUAAUUGUGUUUGGUGUAACUAUCCGUACAGGUUUAGCGCGCGCUAUCAGAUUGUAUUGCUUGAUUUGGGUACAGGUGUACAUUGUAUAGAGUUGAUAAAUUAGUAAUGCUAUGAACUGAGUGCACAGAGUACGUUUGUAUGGGCUGACACAAAGCUUGUAGAAAAUGUUUAUAAAGUACUUGAGCUUACCUAAACACGUUAAA